UCAUCUCCAAGCAGCAGCAACGCCCAAACUACAGGGAAAUAACCUUGUGCAGAAAACUCCUUUUUAAUAUUUUUUUUUUCUGUCACUAUUGUUAUUUUUUUUCCCCCUUCUUCUCUGGAGAAGUUCCUUCCCUUCAGCAAGUGGAGGACGGUGGAGAAAGAUGAAGCCGAUGCCGCGAUUUUUCUUUGCUGGUUUUCUCUCUCUCAUUCUGCAGACUGGGCUUUGCUAUGGGAUAAAAUGGAUAGCUCUGUCCAAGACUCCUUCAGCUUUGGCUCUGAAUCAAACCCAGCACUGCAAGCAGCUGGAAGGCUUGGUGGUGUCCCAGGUGCAGCUGUGCCGCAGCAACCUGGAGCUGAUGCAGACCAUCGUCCAGGCAGCGCGGGAGGUGAUCAAGACCUGCCGUAAAACCUUCUCAGACAUGAGGUGGAACUGCUCUUCCAUUGAGCUGGCUCCCAACUACCUGCUGGACUUAGAGAGAGGCACAAGGGAGUCAGCAUUUGUGUAUGCCCUUUCUGCUGCUGCCAUCAGCCACACCAUUGCCAGAGCCUGCACCACCGGGGACCUCCCUGGCUGUUCCUGUGGUCCCAUCCCAGGUGAGACACCUGGACCUGGGUAUCGAUGGGGAGGAUGUGCAGACAACCUCAACUAUGGUCUUAUCAUGGGGUCCAAAUUUUCAGAUGCUCCCAUGAAGAUGAAAAAAUCAGGAUCACAAGCCAAUAAACUGAUGCAUCUGCACAACAGUGAAGUAGGGAGACAGGUCUUGAAAGCCUCUCUUGAAAUGAAAUGUAAAUGCCAUGGAGUUUCUGGGUCAUGCUCUAUCAAGACCUGUUGGAAAGGCCUUCAAGAGCUGCGAGACAUUGCACUGGACCUCAAAAACAAGUAUCUGUCAGCCACCAAGGUGGUUCACCGGCCCAUGGGCACACGCAAAUACCUGGUGCCAAAGGAUAUUGAUAUCAGGCCGGUUAAGGAGACAGAGCUGAUUUACCUGCAGAGCUCGCCUGACUUCUGCAUGAAGAAUGAAAAAGUGGGGUCACACGGGACCCAGGACAGGCAGUGCAACAAGACCUCCAACGGGAGCGACAGCUGUGACCUGAUGUGCUGCGGCAGAGGCUACAACCCCUACAUGGACAAAGUGGUGGAGAGAUGCCACUGCAAGUACCACUGGUGCUGCUACGUGACCUGUAAAAAGUGUGAGAGGACUGUCGAGAGAUAUGUGUGCAAAUGAGGACCUUCCUCUCGCCACCCAGGGAGCUGAGACACCAGCAGCAGUCCAGCACCGUGGAGAGAAGAGAAGACAUUGCCCCGACCAGAUGUCGUUUGCCCUGUAAAGACAUGGACUUCAAGACAGGUGGUAGAGGGGGAAAGAGACCAAUCACACCAGGAAAAAUAAGACUUAGAAAAAUAACAACCAGCAAACCCACAAAGAUUUCCCCACCACCACCACCAAUAAAAUGCUCUGUGAGAGGACAUAAAGCUCACUCGGGCAUUUGGGAUGGUUAUCUUCUUCCAAAAUACUUCCUAUGGUUGCCAGUGGCCACCAAGUGCCUUCAUAUUCUGAGGAACAAAAGUACAGACAUUGCCUGGGGAAGAAAAGAAACUCUGGGUUGGCAGCACCUAAAGCUUACACCAGACCAGAGGUACUGAGUCUGCAUUAGGACCACCCCAGAAGGGAAAACACAACAACUGUUUUCAUUGCCAAAGACUUCAUUUUUAGCAGGGAAGCACUGACUCUGGGUGAUAAAGAGGGAAAGAUCUCAAGUCUAUCUCCUGAAAAGAACAACUCAUAUUAACCUUUCUUUCAUGCAGGUCUGUGACUUUGGAGUUACUGCUGCAGGAAAAACUGUCUUUUGGUUUGUCCAGGCUGGAUGGGGCUUCAAAUUCACCCAGGCAACAAAUCCCCUGGGAUGCCAGAGGUAGUGAGAGCAGGACUGAGAAGGACUUCAGAGGUCUUGAAGAGAGUAGUGGAGCUGUUAGGAUAAAAUGACAAAGUGAAGUCAAAAUCACAUGGGCAAGUAAAAUAAACCAAACAGGUCCUGCUCUCUUUCUCUCUUGCCCUUUGGCUAUGAUGCCCUUAGCCACCAAGCUCGACCACCUUGGGCCAUCCAAUCCUUAGGGAAACGCACCGCUGCCUGUUUUCCCCCCAGCAAAACUAUUGUGGCAGUCCCAAGAGACUGCAGGGAGUAGAGAAGGUCUGGUCCCAGCUGCAGGGAGUGCAACCAGCAGAAAGGAAUGGGAAUUGUGUCAGUCCUUCAGGUGGCCCUUGCCCUGACACAGCAGAGAACCACUAUCUGUGGCUGUAGAUAUUCCUCCGGUACACGGCCGUACAGAAAUAUUUAUGAGAUCUAUUAUCUCUUGAGCUUUCCUUCUCCUCUAAUUCCCACAUAAAUAUAUCUUAUCUGUUAUAAGCCAGCAUUAACAAUAGUAUGAAAUAAAUGCUGCAGUUACUGGUGCAACAGCAAAA